AUGACCCCGAGGGUACGAGCCCCGGGGUCGACGGCCCCGACCGGCACCGAGAACCCCGCACACACCGGCCCCCCACCGGCGUCGAUACCGUCUGCGGCCAUGGCCGUGGUCGCGUCGUCGGAGGGCGACACCAGCUCCACCGGCGACCGUUCGCCCGAGCCGGCGGGCGCGCCGCCCCGACGGCGGUCGCCGGUGGCCUCGGGCUGGUUCCUGGCCGGCCUCGCCGCGGUGACGGUCCUGCUGGGGCUCGCGAUCCCGCUGGCGCCGGUCGACGCGUCCGACCCCGUCGUCACCUGGCCCAAGGCCGGGCAGCCCGCGACGCCGACGUCGUUGCCGCUGGCGCCCUACCGCCCGCUCUCGAUCCAGGCCGACGUGCCGUGCGACGCGCUGCGCGGGGGCGGGGCCGGGCUGCGGACCGAGCCCGAGUCGGCCGGGUCGCCGGGACGGGGCCUCACCGUGGCCGCGUCGGGCGGGCGGGUGACCGUGGCGAGCUCGGGCGAGACGCUCGUCGAGGAGAUCCUGCCGCUGCAGCCGUGCCUCUACCGCGUGACCGCCGACGGCGACGCCACCCGCAUCGAGCGUCGCGCAGCUCGGCACCGACGCGCCCGGCGUCCCCGGGCUGCGCGCCACGGUCCGCCCCGACGACCGGUACGCCUCGACGCCGUCGACGCUCAAGCUGGUCCUGCUCGUCGUGCACCUCGUGGCCCUGGUCGCGACGGUCGCGCUGGCCUACCGGCGCUGGCGCGCCCGCACCGGGACGGGCUCGGGGCUGGUGCGACCGCGGCGCCACCCCGCCGACCUCGUCGUCGUGGCGGUGUCGGCGCUGUGGGUGGUGAUCGGGCCGCUGCAGAACGACGACUCGUGGUACCUGCUGAUGGCCCGCAACGCAACGCCGACGGGCUACAUCGGCAACCAGAUCUACAUGUUCAACAGCACGGAGAACCCGUUCGUGCUGAGCCAGUACGUGAUGGCUCUGUGGGGCCACCUGGGCAACGCGAUCGGCAUGGUCGGCUGGGGCCUGCUGUGGAUGCGGCUGCUGCCGUUGCUGCUGGGCCUGCUCACCUGGUGGCUGCUGCGCUGCCUGCUCGCGACCUCGCUGGGCCGGAUCGCCCGGUCGACGUGGGUGGCGUGGUCGCUGCUGGUCGCGUACCUCGCGUGGUGGCUGCCCUACGGGCUGGCCCUGCGCCCCGAGGUGUUCAUCGUGCCGCUCGCGGCCGGGGUGAUGCUGCUGGCCGAGCUCGCCCGUCGCCACGAGGUCGUCGGCCCGCUGGUGCCGGCCACCGCGCUGGCCGCGGUCGCGGUCUCGACCUCGCCGUCGGGGCUCGUCGCCGCCGCUCCGGUCGUCGUGGCCCUGCCCUGGCUGUGGCGCUGGCUGGUCGCCCACGGCUGGCGGUCGCGCCUGGGCGUGGCCGGCGCCGUGAUCGCCGCGGGCACGAUCGCGAUCCCGAUCGGCUUCGGCGACGCCACCCUCGGCGACGUCCUCGAGACCACCGAUGUCCACAGCUGGUACUACCUCACCUUCCCCUGGUACGAGGAGUGGGCCCACUACCGGACGAUGAUCGAGACCGGUUCGUGGGGCAGGCGCCUGCCGGUGCUGCUGACCGUCGUGCUGCUCGUCGUGGUCGCGAUCGGCAGCGGGCGCCGCGCCGCGGUCGGGGGCCGGCUCCAGCAGGAUGUGCUCAGCACCGCCGUGACGACCGCGGUGGCGCUCGGCCUGCUCGCGUUCGGCCCGACCAAGUGGGUCAACCACUUCGGUGCGGUCGCCGCCCCCGCCACCGUCCUCAUGGCCCUGUGCCUGCUGCGGUCACCGCUGCCGCGCCGCCCCGGGGCCCUCAUCACCGUGGCGAGCGUCGGCCUGGUGACCGGCGCGACGGUGCUCGGCUUCGCCGGCGCCAACGUGUGGAAGCCCUACUCCGACCGGGGCCAGCC